GACUGACAGUUUAUAAACAGGUGAGGUUUUGUUUUAAUUUGAUUUGCACUAUUUUAUAUUACAAUAACUUCACUGAAUAUAUUUAAAUAAUCACAAUAAUGGGUCAAGGCAAAAGUCAAUUUACCGAAGAAGAAUUACAGGAUUAUGAGGAUCUUACAUACUUCACAAAAAAGGAGGUCUUGUUCGCACAUCAAAAGUUUAAGGCGUUAGCACCAGAAAAAGUCGGUCACAACAAAAACGCAAAGUUACCGAUGGCAAAGAUCCUUCAGUACCCCGAACUACGAGUAAAUCCUUUUAGAGAUCGAAUAUGUAAAGUGUUUAGCUCAAGCAAUGAUGGGGAUUGUACAUUUGAAGACUUUUUAGACAUGAUGUCCGUUUUCAGUGAAAUGGCUCCAAAAGCUGUAAAAGCUGAACAUGCUUUUAGAAUAUUUGAUUUUGAUGGAGAUGACAUGAUAGGUGUGUCAGAUCUUCGAGAAGUCAUUGAGAGACUCUGCGGCCCUGACCUUAAACUCAGUGAUUCUGAGAUCCAACAGCUUGUGCAGAAUGUACUAGAAGAGGCAGACUUGGAUGAUGAUGGAGCAUUAUCAUUUGCAGAAUUUGAACAUAUUAUUGACAAAAGUUCUGAUUUUUGCAACUCAUUCAGAAUAAGACUGUAAAUAAUAACAAACAUUCCAAUGUCUUGAUAGUCUUGGGAAAAUAGAAAAGGGAGGGUGCAAAUGCUGUCCUUGAUGUCAGAAGCUCAAAUAGUUCUGAAAUAAUGCAGUACAUAAAAACAAAAUUGUAUUUCAAUACAAAAGUUGUUAGAAAUUUCUGGCGAUAAUCAUCAUGAAAAAUAAAUACUUUUCUAUAUAACAUUUCUAUUAUGAUGAUGGCAAUCUUGAUUCACUUAUAUUAACAACAAAGCUAUUGUAUAUUGCUGUAAUCUUGUGAAUUUUAUAGGAACCAUUCAGUCCAAUAACAACUUUAUAGCUCACACUCACACAGGCUCAGUAGAUGAUAUUUUUUAUUGUACUUUACAUUUGAAAUUGUUGAAUCUUAUAAUGAUAAUCUCUUUUCUAAUGAAAUAUUAUAAACUAAGAAUUUUACACUUUUUAUCUUAAGUAUGUCUACUUAGUUGUUAAUCAAUUUAUUGUGUUGUUUAAGUAAUAAUGUCUUCCUUAAUUUAUAGUACUUGAAAUUAUAUUUACCCAUGACACUAUAUCUGUUGAUUAUCUCAUUUUGUACAUUUGUUUAAGAAUAGUUUAUAAUUAUUAAGACUUCAGAUUAAGUCUUUAUUAAUGAACUGCCAAAAAUAAAUUAUUGUGGUG